GGCGCUUGCAGAGGGUACUGCGUUUCUUGGACUUGGCCGUCCAGGUGCAGACGGCAUCCUCUCUGAAACGACAGCCCAAUCUGAUAGCUGCCAAGGUUACCGAGAGUCUGACUUCCAACGGUGUCGUUAAGAUGACCGCGAGCGAGGCGAGCGGCCAAAAGCGAAGGGACGAGGAGACUGAGCUUGAGGGGUCUCCGUCGUCUGGACGUAAAUGUAUUCGGAGAACACGAGUCUUGAACGGCCGACGAAAGUAUUCCCAUACGUUUUCUUGGUGCUUCUUUACUCUCUCAGCUUUUGCGAGACGGUGGGACAGCUAGGUAGGGGUGGUACUGCUCAGUCAGUUUCAAUGUACCGAUUUCAAGUGGGACCUCCACGGUGGUUGUGGAACAAGAUCUGGGAUAUCGAGUUUGAGCUGACAUACUCUGGAUGGAAAACCACCUUCCGAGAAUACGUCGUCGUGCCGGCGAGGUCCCAAAUGCAUAAGGUAGUGCGUUGUGAAACCGUGGAGGCGUUGCUCGAGCUGUCCCACAAACGAAUCGCGACUUCCUUUAUCAUCGAACAGUCGACAUGUUACAGCCUCCUUCACUAUGCAGUCAUGAUGCGACCUGACUUUGUUGAGCCCAGUUACGCAUGGGUCUCGAUAUCAAGCUCGAAGAUGUGCGGGGGCAACCCGCCUAUGCAUUGAGCAGCCGUUUCGAAACUAAUUAUCUGGCGCUUAUCCGAUCUUUGGCUUCCCACGGACUCUUGACGAGGUAGCGACAUGGGAAGAGAACUGGGUGCGGGCUCGGAUGA